CGACGCGUCCGCCAGCCCUUAAAGGGCUCGCUCCCCCGAAAAGCCGCGCGGCGCGGAGGACGGCGGCCACCACCUAUCACGCCCCCACCCUCGGACACUCCUCCUCGCGCCCGCCCCCGCCCCGCGCCCUCCUCCUCCCUCCCUCCCCCCUCCCAUUCCCGGCGUCUCCGAGCUCCCGGCAACCAGCCGCCCCUCGCUCUCGGGGCCCGGGCCGGCCGCAGCUGGGUCUCGGGGCCGCGCUCAGCCCCCCGGAGCCGGCCCCGUCCCUCGCCCCCCGCCCGCUCCCUCCCUCCCCACCCCUUCCCCGCCGCCCUCGCCCCUCGCGGCCCCCGGGGAGCGUCUCCGCCGCUCCUGGGAGGGGACGUUUCCUAAUCUCGGGCCGGGGUUAAAGUUCUGGUCCGGGUGAGAUGCUGGAAGCCGCCGCCGGAGCCGCAGCCCGCCCCGGAGGUGUCCUGUCGCCCGUCGCCGCCGCCGUCCCCACCGCUGCUGCCGCCCGGCCGGGGCCAUGUUCGCGCUGGGCUUGUCCUGCUUGGCGCUCCUGGUGGCCUCUGUGGACAGCCAUCUGGGGGUGCUGGGGCCCAAGAACGUCUCGCAGAAAGACGCCGAGUUCGAGCGCACCUACGACGACAAGGUCAACAGCGAGCUGGUCAACAUCUACACCUUCAACCACACCGUGACCCGAAACCGGACUGAGGGAGUGCGUGUGUCUGUGAACGUGCUGAACAAGGAAAAGGGGGCUCCUUUGCUGUUCGUGGUCCGCCAGAAGGAGGCUGUGGUGUCCUUCCAGGUGCCCCUAAUCCUGCGAGGGCUGUAUCAGCGCAAGUACCUCUACCAAAAGGUGGAACGAACACUGUGUCAGCCCCCCACCAAGAAUGAGUCCGAGGUCCAGUUCUUCUAUGUGGAUGUGUCUACCCUAUCACCGGUCAACACUUCGUACCAACUCAGAGUCAGCCGAAUGGAUGACUUCCUCCUCAGGACUGGAGAGCAGUUUAGCUUCAAUACUACAGCAGCACAGCCACAGUACUUCAAGUAUGAGUUUCCAGAGGGAGUGGACUCAGUGAUUGUCAAGGUGACCUCUAAGAAGGCCUUCCCCUGCUCUGUCAUCUCCAUCCAGGAUGUCCUGUGCCCUGUCUAUGACCUGGACAACAACGUAGCCUUCAUAGGCAUGUACCAGACUAUGACCAAGAAGGCGGCCAUCACUGUGCAGCGCAAAGACUUCCCCAGCAACAGCUUUUACGUGGUGGUGGUAGUGAAGACUGAAGACCAGGCCUGUGGGGGUUCCUUGCCUUACUAUCCCUUUGUAGAAGAUGAACCGGUUGAUCAAGGGCACCGCCAGAAAACCCUGUCAGUGCUGGUAUCUCAAGCAGUCACAUCCGAGGCCUACGUUGCUGGUAUGCUCUUUUGCCUGGGCAUAUUUCUCUCCUUCUACCUGCUGACCAUCCUUUUGGCCUGUUGGGAGAACUGGAGGCAGAGGAAGAAGACCCUCCUAGUGGCUAUGGACCGAGCCUGCCCAGAAAGCGGGCACCCACGGAUCUUGGCCAAUUCCUUCCCUGGCACCCCCCCUUACGAGGGUUACAACUAUGGCUCCUUUGAGAACUGUUCCUGUUCGGGAUCUACUGACCGACUGAUUGACAGCACGGGCAGUGGGGACCUCUCCUACACUUACCAGGAACGUUCCCUUGACCCGGUGGGUACUCGGCCACGACUGGACUCCAUGAGCUCUGUGGAGGAGGAUGACUAUGACACACUGACUGACAUCGAUUCGGAUAAGAAUGUCAUCCGCACCAAGCAAUACCUCUAUGUCGCCGACCUGGCCCGUAAGGACAAGCGUGUUUUGCGGAAAAAGUACCAGAUCUACUUCUGGAACAUCGCCACCAUUGCUGUCUUCUACGCCCUUCCUGUGGUGCAGCUGGUGAUCACCUAUCAGACGGUGGUGAAUGUCACAGGGAAUCAGGACAUCUGCUACUACAACUUCCUCUGUGCCCACCCACUGGGCAACCUCAGCGCCUUCAACAACAUCCUCAGCAACCUGGGGUACAUCCUGCUGGGGCUGCUCUUCCUGCUCAUCAUCCUGCAGCGGGAGAUCAACCACAACCGGGCCCUGGUGCGCAAUGACCUCUAUGCCCUGGAAUGUGGGAUUCCAAAACACUUUGGCUUGUUCUAUGCCAUGGGCACAGCUCUGAUGAUGGAGGGGCUGCUCAGCGCUUGCUAUCAUGUCUGCCCCAACUACACUAAUUUCCAGUUUGACACAUCGUUCAUGUACAUGAUUGCCGGGCUCUGCAUGUUGAAGCUCUACCAGAAGCGGCACCCGGACAUCAACGCCAGCGCCUACAGCGCCUAUGCCUGCUUGGCCAUCGUCAUCUUCUUCUCUGUGCUGGGCGUGGUCUUUGGCAAAGGGAACACUGCUUUCUGGAUCGUCUUCUCAGUGAUUCACAUCAUCUCCACGCUGCUCCUCAGCACUCAGCUCUACUACAUGGGCCGGUGGAAGCUGGACUCGGGGAUCUGCCGACGCAUCCUCCAUGUGCUCUAUACGGACUGCAUCCGACAGUGCAGCGGGCCCCUCUAUGUGGACCGCAUGGUGCUGCUGGUCAUGGGCAACAUUAUCAACUGGUCGCUGGCUGCCUAUGGGCUCAUCAUGCGCCCCAAUGAUUUUGCCUCCUACUUGUUGGCCAUUGGCAUCUGCAACCUGCUUCUUUACUUUGCCUUUUACAUUAUUAUGAAGCUUCGGAGCGGGGAGAGGAUCAAGCUCAUCCCCCUGCUCUGCAUCAUCUGCACCUCAGUGGUCUGGGGCUUUGCACUCUUUUUCUUCUUCCAGGGACUCAGCACCUGGCAGAAAACCCCUGCAGAGUCACGGGAGCACAACCGGGACUGCAUCUUGCUGGACUUCUUUGAUGACCACGACAUCUGGCACUUCCUGUCCUCCAUUGCCAUGUUUGGGUCAUUCCUGGUGUUGCUCACGCUGGACGACGACCUGGAUACUGUACAGCGGGACAAGAUCUACGUCUUCUAGGGGAGCCGGGCCCCUUGCUUCACUCGCGGGGCCCCGAGCCCCAGCCUGCUGCCCAGAGCCUCACUAGCACUGGGGUGUGAGUCCCGGCCCCGCUGCCCAGAGCUGGGUGGCAGCGGGACAGCAGAACUAGUCCAGACCAGGCGCGGGGACAGUCUUGGGGGUGGCCUCGAGCCUUGCAGAUGCCCCCUGCUGGGGAGGAGGCCUGCUCCUCUGAAAUCCUAGGCUUUGGCCAAAAUUGCUGCUUUAUUCUCAGUGUUGGGACCUCCACAGUCCCCCUCUGUUGGUUCUCCUUUGUUCCUCUAAAGGAUGAAGGAGGAAAGUGUUGCCCUGCCCAUCUCAUGCCUUGCAGUCUGUCCAUUCAUUCUUCCCUUCCCCCGCAACCUGGACCCAAAGCCCUUUUUUCCUCUCAGACUCCAGAGCAAUGGUCCGGGACCUGAUACUCUGCUCUGCAGCCGGGCCCUACUUCUCUGUGGGGUUGUACCUGGCUGCCGCCACUGCCCACUCAGUCAUCUGGGGUGGGUGGAAUAUAGGUUUCUGCCAGCCUCAUGGUGCUAAGGCCUGCAAGGGGCCCUGGGCCUGCCCCUCUGACCUACGCUCAGGGCUGGCUCUUUGGCAGUGAGAAUUAGCCCACAGUUGAGGGCCUGACUUCUGAGGUCACCUUCCAUCCCUUCAGCCCCCAGACUGAUGCUGGCACCAGGAUUGGAGGGAAAAAGCAACCCCUACCCCAUUUCUUCCUUCCUUCCUCCAGGCUCUUAGUCCUGCCAAGCCCCCGAUGGGGGCCUUUCAGUGCCAUUGACACUGCCCAAGAAUGUUCCAGGGCAAAGGAGGAGGAUACAUAGAGCCCAGCCCGCCCUGCCCCCUAUGUGGCUGCCCGAGCCCCAGUGCCUACCUGAGAAAGGGGCUUGAGGAAGGGACGUGGCAUUUGCUGUCAGUCCCCAGUCCCAGCCUCACUCUAGGAGUGGCUCUUAUUUCCGUCCAGGGCUGGGUCUUGUUUCCUUCCAGCCUUCAGCCAAGUUCUGUGUCCAUCACACAUACAUAUGGAGUUUACACUGAGUUGCCCCGGCUCUGGGCCUCUGGCUGCUCUAGUCCUUGGAUCCCCUUCAUCCUACCUGGUCCAUUCCAGAUGCCAAGACUGGGGGAGGUCAGGUCGGGCCUCUGCCUUGGAGAUGGGAAUGUGUUUUCUUCUCCCCCACUUGUUUUUUUAGCCCUCUCUGAGGCUGGGGAGAGGAGAUGGGUCUGGAUUUUUCAGAACUCCGUUUAAUGUCUGUUUCCAUGCUAUGGUUGCAUUUCUGUUUUCUAUGAAUGAGUCUGCAUUCAAUUAAAGAAACAACCAGACAUACUUCUUGGACCCCUUAUUCACUCCCC